AUGUCUGUGAGGAUCAAUUCGAUAAUUUACUCUUUAUCUUCUAGGCCUUCGACUUUCAGUAAUACAAGCCCUAGAGUGCGACUAGCUCCUGUGAGAACAGAAGAAGAACAGGGGACAAAUUACUUUCUGGGAAAAUGGCUUUGUUGGCUUGGUUCAGCUAGAGCUGUGAACAGAAGGUAUAUCAGUGAUUAUGUGCCUUUAAAGAUCCGAAUUCAGGCUUCUGCUGGUUUUCUGGGGAGAGGAUUGAUGGUGGGAAUUGAGCUUGUGACUGAUCGGAAAGAGAAGGCACCAGCAAAGGGCGAAACUGCCAUUUUGUUUGAAAAACUACGAGAGCUCAGGGUUCUGGUUGGAAAAGGUGGAUUACAUGGGAAUGUUUUCAAGAUAAAACCACCUAUAUGCUUCAAUAAAGAUGAUGCAGAUUUCCUUGUGGAUGCAUUGGAUUAUUCCAUGUCAAAGCUAGCUGAUAGAGCUGAUGAAAGUACUUCUGGUGUAGAUUUGCCAUGCACCCAUGAAGGGCACCAUGUUUGUUCUAAUAGUGAAGAUACAUGCAAUGUUGAGAAAUCUACCAGCAAUACUAAGCCUGAUCAAGAUCCAAAGUUGAAGGUUUCGGAUUCCCCAACAGAUUACUUAACAAAAACAAGUAGUACUAAAAAAGAAGAUGCAAAGGGUUCUGGGAGUUUUGUUUUGAAGUCUGCGACAGUGAAAUUUUCUAUAGUGAAGAAGGAGAAAUCACAGGCAAAUAAAGAAAAGAAGAAAGAAGGUGAUAAAGCAACAACUACAAGUAUUGUGUUACUGUUGUAA